AUGUGGUUCAGGAGGACUCUAAAGCAGAAUGGGAAGGUCAUGAUCCCCCUUCACCUCAUCAACUCCUCCAUGUGGUUUGGGACAUUUUACUAUGCUGCCAUGCAGGGUGUAAAUGUCGUUCCGUUUCUGUAUUAUGUUGGACUCCCGCAGGAGCUUGUUAAACUGUUGGAGCAUUCCCAGAGUGGCUAUGCACUGAAUGCUCAUAUCUCAUUACACAUUGUCACAGUGUACCUGGCUGAGGUGGCAAUAAGGCGGACGUCCCUCUCGAUCAGGUACCUCCAUAAACACAGCCACAUGACCACCCCACCGCCCAUUAAGGAGUAUCUGCAGGACAAGAUGGAGGAGACCAAGGAACGCCUCUCUGAGAAGAUGGAAGAUGGAAGAGAUCAUCUGUCGGGGAGGAUUGGGGACAACAAGGACAAGUUGGCAGAGAAACUCCAGGAGACCAAAGACCAAGUGUUUUUCAGAAAGAAACCGGAAUAG